UUAAAGCUGAUGCAGUUUGUGCAGGAGAGGGAUUUCCUGCUGGAUGUCUCCGCUCUGCCUGCAUAAACCAUGGCCUGGUUCGUGCGCUGAGCUUUCCUGGAAUGACACACUUUAAAUGAGCUGCGGAACAACCGAGCCGAACCGAACCGAACCAAAGGAGCGCUGGAUGCGGAGGGACGCAGAUGAGAGCUUCUCAUCCCGGUUCCGAUCAGUGACCGAGCGGUGAGGAGAAAGGUAGCUCUGCAGGACGGAGCGGGAGGAAGGCGGCGGUUCGGCUGUUUUGUUUGUUUGUUUUUUGGUAAAUCCUCAAGCGCUAUUUUGAGGCGGUGGGCCAAGUCCCGGGAUAGAGGCAGGGGACAGGAGAGGAAGGGGGAGGGACCAUCGAGGGGAUGAGAGUGGGAUGCUGCUGCUGAUGCUGCGGGAGGCAUCGAUUUGAGGACCUCCAGGACUCCAGGCGCACAUCUCUGCAGUUCUCCUGCAGUCACGCAUACAAAGGCAGUGCUGUGGCCGAGAGCAGUUCCAGUUGGCUCCCUGCCUGUUGAGAUGCUGCAAGAGGAAACACAGUGAAGGAGGUUCAUGCUGAUGAAAUUGAUCUGCUCAGUGAGCUCCAACCAGAGCCAUGGGGAGUAUCCAGACUGUCGGAGUGAGAGGGAAUCAGGAGGGGAGGCGUCUCUCCUGGUGUCUCCUCUGGUGGUGGCUGGGAUUGUUAUAGGACUGGUCCUCUUCCUCUCCUGCAUCACCAUCAUCAUCGGCAGCUUACGCAAAGACAGUCGACUCAGAAACCCACACUUUCGCGCCAGCUAUGGGCAAGAUGGUUUUUCCUACGGGGGCUCUGCGGGGGAACUGAGGUCCAGCUGUGUAGAGGACUUUUCUCCUGGUUUAGACAUUGACUCCUUUGGGGAGAAUCUUCCACAGAUUAGCAACCUGUAUCAGGACUCUCCACCACGCUAUGAGGAGUGUGUCGGACCAGAUUCCACUCAGAUCUACAUCCCAACCGAUGACCCGCCUCCCUACUCCCUGCUGGACCCCUGUCAGAGCCUGGCCGAGCCAGAACAGAAUCCCACACACUCCGGUCCAGAUGCCUCCCAGCGCUGUGGGGAGACGUCAGCCAGCGCUGCCUGGCCUUCCUCCACCUCCUCCUCCUCCUCCCACUAUUCCCUGGGACUGCAUGAGGGGGAGCAGCAACACGUUGCAUCUAUUUCCUUCCCCCUGGAGGCAGCACCACCUUACGAGGCAGUGCUGGCUGAGCAGAGGCAGCCCCUCCCUCUCAUGCCAUGUGACCUUACUAAACACCAUUCGGAGAGGGACUACGGCGAAAACUCCCAGCAACUCCCAGCCGGCCAGAUCUCCUAAGACUAUUAAUUUGUUUUGCUCACCUAAGCUCUCAGCUGGCCCCUGGUUAUUGAAACUAACACUUUGCUAGGAGCAGCUGUGCACCAAACAGUGGAAAGCAACAAUGUGUGAACUUCUUCCAUACAGCUGCCAACAGAACAUAGGCACAGAAGCCGUGGGGAACCAUUAUGCUGCAGUGGCAAAUUUGCCAGAAGAGAAACUGUUCGCCUGGUUGGUUGUUUUUUUCUUCCAGGUGGCUUAUCCAGAGAGGAUGCUCUGCCUGUUUCACUACAUGGUUCCUUUUUUUCCAGGUUAUUGUUUCGUGAAUUAGGAUGCUUAAAAGACAGAGCAGCACACUGAGUUUAAUAAUUCAGAUUUCUUUACUUUUCUUCUAGUUUUAUAUUACAUGACCAGCACAGAGCUAAAGUCGUUAUAGGCUGUAGA